CACUACCGUAAUUUUGCAUCAGUGCAAAUAAAAUUUGCAUUGCAACCAACCGCAGGUCCGCAGCCAUAUGGAAUGAGAUUCUAGGGUUUGAAAAUCUUGGAUACGUUUGCAUCUGAUGAAAGAAUCGGGGGAGUGUCUGGGGUUGUUCUCUCUGCAACCGAAAGAGUAUCAAUUUCGGAUCCAGAGGCCGAACAUGGCGACUCUUCCAGAAGAAAUGCUCGUUCUUCGUACUGUGCUAAAGAGAAAGAAACUUUUGAGGGUUAGCACUGGAAGCACGAAACCUGCAAGAAUAAAAAGAGGUCCCUUUUAGCUUUCAUUGUUUUUCCAAUUCAUCGUAUCCUCAGUGUUAUCCAGAGAUGGAAGAGAGUCAUUCCAGUUUUACCCCAGAAAUUGGACCAGAUAACAGGAAGAUCAAGCUAAAUGUUGGUGGUAAGCUAUUUGAAACCACUGUUUCAACAAUCCAAGCCGGUGGUCCCGAUUCUACUCUUGCAGCUCUAGCAGCUCGAGAGGCUGAUGAUUCAAACCCAGUUUUUAUAGAUCGGGACCCUGAAAUUUUCUCAGUCCUUCUUUCUGUUCUCCGUUCCAACCGGCUUCCUUCUACUGCUCGUCGAUUCUCCAAACAAGAACUUGCCGACGAAGCACUAUAUUAUGGCAUUGAGUCCCGCCUCAAAUCAGUGAUGGCGCCAUCCCCACUUAUUGGAAUUGAUGCCUCACUCGUUGCCACAAUCCGACCCGCUGCCGAUGGGUUUUCAUCUUCUUUCACUGCUGGCGCCGGUGAUGGUUCUGUCUGGAUUGCCCAUGGUGGUCAGAUCUCCAGCUACGACUGGAAUUUGACACACACCGGAACCGUACGGACACACCUCGAGCAGAUCACAUCAAUUCGGCAUGUAUGGCCAGAGACUGCUGCCAUUGGAUCUGAGACUGCCGCUGGCCUCCACUUCUACGAUUUCUCUGGUGGGCGCCAUGUUGGGUCAGUCCACUGGACAGAUCCAUCAGAUCCCCGCAUAUACAAAGGGCGAAUCAUUGCAAUUGCUGACUCAAUUAACUCAGUCUUUGCCUCGUUCGAAUGCCAACACAGAGAGAAUUGUAUCCUUGUGAUAGACAAAUCAACACUCCAGGUCAGGUCGGAGAUUGGUCGCCUAUCUGGGAAUUCCACCAAAAACAUGGUUCCAAGAAAAUUAAUUUAUCUCCCAGAGUCUAGUGUUAUUGUCUCCAGCGCAGUAAGUUCUGGUGCGUUUGGCUUCUCUGGUUACAUUAAGCUUUGGGACACAAGAUCAGGCGAGAUGGUUUGGGAAACAAAUGAACCAGGCUCAGGUCGAAGCAACAGGUUUGUGGACUCCUUUGCUGAUGUGGAUGUUGAUAUAGAAAAGUCUGCCAUCUUCAAGGUGUGCUCAAAGUCAGGCGACAUAGGGGUAGCUGAUUUACGCAAUUUGAGUGAUGAUCCCUGGGUUUAUUUGGAAGACAACAAUCCAGGUAUCAGAAAUUCAGUUGGAGUAGGGAAUAGCAUAAUAAACUGUUACAGAGGCCAGGUGUUUGUGAGUAAAGAUGGAGAGCUGGAGGUAUGGUCUCGCAUCAAGGAGAGAGAAGGAAUGAUAGAAAAUGUAUUUGAGCAAGGGUCAUAUAGAAGGAAUUUUGUAGAUAAGGUAGAGGACUCAAAGAGAGGGAUCAUAAACAGGAUGGAAGGUGGAGGAGAUAGAUUGUUUGUCAGUCGAGAAGAUGUGGAAGGCAUUGAGGUCUGGGAGAGCUCUAAUAUUUCAGGUGCUACUUCACUUUGGUAAUGUGAAAUUAUGAGAUUAUUAAAGCUAUGUUGUUUAUAGAUUUAGACAAAGCUGAAUGAAUAUAAUGCCUUCUAUUUCAUGACAUGGUUUUGUUAUUGAUGAAGAAGAUAUGGUUCUUUUUUAAACCCAUUUGUAGUUUGUAAUUUGUACAGUGUAUGCCAUGCAGCUAUCUGUGUUCGAUUGAGACAUGAACCAAGAUGAAUUUAUCUCUGGUGUUAAACUAUACAACAUUCUCAGAAAAUCAGAAUUGUUGUUUCUUUCA